CUUGAGUUCGGAACCUCGGGCUCGGGUACUGCGUAGUACUGAAUCCCUGGUACCGCAACGAGCAAAUUCUCACAUAAACGCAGCGAUACAGUGAGAAAGUUGUUGGUGCAGAAGACGCGAAACGAGGUCAAUUGAAGAAGCCAACCAGCCCGAUCGUACGUACCGUCUGAAUUCUCGGUGGAGAUGGAGACCGGCUCACAGACCCACACCAGCAAUCCCGAUCCCAACCCAAACCCCAACAAUCCGAACAACCGGAACCCUAGUCCUAAUCGGAGCUCAAUAGUAUUUGGAUCUUCGCCCCUAUGGCCCACUAUCGACGGCCCUCUGGGUCUUUCGGAGGAAGCUUCGGUGAACUAUGCCCGGAGUUUCUACAGUUUCGGAUUCGCAAUGCUGCCCUGGCUUUGGGCACUCAAUUGCUUCUACUUCUGGCCCGUUCUCCGCCACUCUCGCUCCUUCCCUCGCAUCCGCCACUAUGUUGUCAGAUCAGCAGUUGGGUUCGGUGUAUUCACAGCUAUUUUGGCGACAUGGGCCCUUACAUUUGCCAUUGGAGGGAAACCUCUAUUUGGACCUGUUUGGGAUCAACUUGUAAUGUACAAUCUCGCUGACAGAUUAGGCUUGACUGGUUGGAGCUAGUCCUAUGCCCUCGAUUUGUGAGUUUCAUUGGUCAUACACUUUGCAGGACCCUUUUUUUCCUUUGUCAUUACAGGUAUUCAUGUGCUAUAUUUUGAACAAUGAUGUGUAUUGAUAUAUUGUGUUGAUAUUGAAUCCUUUCUUUACCUCAA